AUGGUGGGGAUUUUUGUAAAUCUUCCACUCUUUAGACCCAAAAGCGUGCGCCACUCUAGGUGGCUUGUCUUUUCCAUUGGGAGGGACAAACUCAUCAAAAAUCGAACAUUCAAUGUGGUAUGGGAACGCUUGGUGUGGUCCCUAAAUUGGGCCUUCGAAGGUGUCCACCCACGUUCAGGGCCAGGUGGACGCCCCCUCACAGGUGCUGACCUUGCCCGUGCAGGUAUGCCACUGUGCCGCUCCAACAUGAGGUUUAGUGUGACCGAGCUCCGUGGCGAUUGGGAGUUCCACCGUGACGUGUGGCGCUUUACAGCGUCAUGGCAAGGCCAACAGGUCUGUUACCGCUGUGCAGCUGGGACAAAGGGGGAUGAGGCCUAUCUUUAUUACAAUGGGGGCCCAACCAGUCGCUGGUUACAUGAAGAGUUCUCAUUGGAGCAAUUUUUAGCCCGCCGAUUAAAAGACAAACAACUUUGUCCGCUCCGACAUCUGAAGGGAUUUCACCACACCAUCAUUCGAUUCUGUUCCAUGCAUACCCUCAAUCUAGGGCUGCUAUAUGUGUGCAACGCUGGCGCCCUGCUUUUGCUAUGUGAGGACUUUGAAUACUUUGGUACAGGGACCUUUGCUGAGCAGUUGGAUGUGGCCUACCAAGACUUCUUAGCAUUUUGCAGGUCUAAGCGCAUCCCUCACUCCCAGCCUCCGUUCCUUCCCCGAAUGGUGAAAAAGAAGGAUGGCAACGAGUUGUUCACUGCGAAGGCAUAUAACGGAAGAGUGAUCUUGAGCUGGCUGAAUCACACUCUACUGGGGGUGCUUGCACAGCGCCCGGAUCAUCAAAUUCUCCAUUUGACCAGUGCAGCAGUGAAUUCUAUGACCAACAUCUUCAGCAUCAGCGAGAGCCAUGGCCGCUUUUUGCCGGAAAGUGCAGCGCAAGAACUCCAUGACAACGGGGUUCGGUUUGUGGACCUCUACAAGGUACUGUGCGUAGAACAUAUCAGGAUGAACAAAAACAGAUGGUUGAUGCGACCAAAAAUUCAUGUUCUACUACAUCUCAGCAAAGACGUCCUGAAGUACAGGGCUAACUAUAGAAUGUGGCAUACAUUUGUCGACGAGGAUGCGAUGCGCUGGCUUAAGUGCAUUGCAGCCAGAGCACAUCCCAAGCGCCGACACAUCUGGCUCCUCAAAUGCACCAAGCUCAGGCUUCGCACUAUGAAGCACCGUGUGGAACGGAAGAAGACAAGAGGUAAAAGAGGUUGA